GUGGUCAAUGGACCCCUCGAGUGUGCCAAGAUCCUCCUGGAAGCCGGGGCUGACCCCAACGGCAGCCGGCACCACCGCAGCACCCCUGUCUACCAUGCGGCACGCGUGCGCCGGGCAGACAUCCUCCGGGAGCUGAUCAGGUACGGUGCAGAUGUGGACGUGAAUCACCACCUCGCUUCCCGGGUCCCCAGCCUCUCUCUGCGGCCUCUCACCACGCUGGUGGUCUGCCCGCUGUACAUCAGCGCUGCCUACCACAACCUCCAGUGCUUCCGGCUGCUGCUCCAGGCUGGAGCCAACCCGGAUUUUAACUGCUGCGGGCCCAUCAACAUCCAAGGCUUCUCCCGGGGCUCCCCGGUGUGUGUGAUGGAUGCUGUCCUGCGGCACGGCUGUGAAGCGGCGUUCGUCCAUCUCUUGAUUGACUUUGGAGCCAAUCUGAACCUGGUGAAGGUGGAGGCCUUGGGAGUUGAAUCCACGGGAAGGGUCAAAGUCAACCCUGAGGCUCUGCAGGUGUUCAAAGAAGCAAGGGGCCGCACCCGGAGCCUCUUGUCUCUCUGCCGCAUAGCUGUGCGAAGAAUACUUGGCAAAUCUCGUCUGGAUCUGAUCCAUAUCCUUCCAAUCCCAGACCCCAUUAAACAAUUUUUACUUCAUGAACUCAGUUAAAGGGCAACUGGCUGCUUUCCGGGACAGUUUGAUUUGGUAAAUGAGUGUGCUGAUCAAGCCGGGUGCCAGUCCUAAACCUUCUCCC